GUACUCUAUUUUCUCAAGGUAGUAUUUCCUAAACAAUUAGCAGCAAUCUCACAACAGAGAAAGCGAUCGAGAGAGAAAAAGAGAGAGAAAUGGAGCUUCAUGACCAUGAUUUCUUGGAGGAAUUAAUGUCUCUAAGAAGAGAAACAUGGGAUACAAAUCCAUGUUCACAAGAAAACCAGCUUUUCUCUAAUGGCUGGAGUUUUGAUUGUUUUGAUCAAAACUAUCAUCAAGCUUUUCCUCCAAACUCUUUCUCUUGCCAACAAGUUCCUCAAAGUUACAACCACGACUACACCUACAAUGAAAUCUAUAGUUCCUUACUUCACGAAUUCUCUGCACCACAAGUUAUAGAUUCAUCAUCCUAUAACACCCUUGAUAGUACUCCACAUAAUACCCCUCCUUUUCUUGCUCAAGAAGAUUAUCCAUUGUCCAUGAUGGAAGAAGAAGAUCCGGGUUUUCUCGGGGAAGAGCUUCAAUGCUUGGACCUUCAAACCACAUGCAAAAUGGAGUCAAGCCAUUCCCCUGAAAUGCCUAUUUUCAACACAACUUCAUCAUGUGUGGAGAGAAAGAAUAGAGCAAAGAAGCUUCAGGGGCAGCCUUCAAAGAACCUAAUGGCAGAGAGGAGAAGAAGAAAGAGAUUAAAUGACAGGCUCUCCAUGCUAAGAUCAAUUGUGCCUAAGAUAAGUAAGAUGGACAGAACAGCUAUACUUGGAGACACUAUCGAUUAUAUGAAGGAGCUCUUGGAAAAGAUUAAUAAUUUGAAGCAAGAAAUAGAAGUUGAUUCCAACAUGGCUAGCAUUUUCAAGGAUGUAAAGCCAAAUGAAAUCAUAGUGAGGAAUUCUCCAAAGUUUGAUGUGGAGAGGAGAAAUGUCACUACAAGGGUGGAGAUCUGCUGUGCAGGGAAGCCAGGCUUGUUGCUGUCUACAGUAAACACCUUGGAAACGUUAGGCCUCGAGAUCCAACAAUGUGUUAUUAGCUGUUUCAAUGAUUUCACAGUGCAAGCUUCUUGUUCAGAGGAAUUGCAGCAGAAGACAAUUCUGAGUUCCGAAGAUAUAAAACAAGCACUAUUUAGAAGCGCAGGAUAUGGUGGACGAUGUUUGUGAAAAUAAAAGAGAGAUGCAAAACAACACAGCAAGUGCACCAUAGCUGGGGAGAGUUUUUGAGUUUCUGAUCAUAGUGCUAUCCAUUGAUUUAGAAGCCAAUCUAGCCGAAUUUCUUUUUUCUCAAUGCAUGACAGUAAUUGAUUUCUUCAACAUGAUGCCUAUUGUAACAUUCAAAUGGAAUCGUCAAAAAAUCAAAUGGAAAUGCCUAUUAAUCUUGGUGAUUGGCUUUGUUCCCUAA